AUUUUCAUCAAAACAAUCAAGGAAGCAAAAUUAUAUCGUGCGAGAAAAAUUGAAAUUAGAGCAAUUUAGAGCUUUGGAAAACCUUGAAAAAAUAUCGGAAAAAUCUCCGAAGACGAGUGCGAUUCGUGUCAACGUGUUUAUCUGACAAAUUAUCAAGAAAAAAGGAUCAAAAUUCAAGAAAUUUCAUAUGAGGAAGUUUUAGUGAUUCAAAGUCAACGUUUCUCGAUAAAAAUUAAAAUUUGAUACCAAAAAUCAUUCAACAUGCCACAAGAAGGUCAAGAUUUGCCUCCUCCAAAAGCGGAUUUCUCCGCGCCUCCUCCUUACGAAGCGAAUUACGGCGCCUCGUACGACGAAGCAAUUCACACAGCUGCAGGUGCAGGCAAAUUACCGACUUACGAGGAAGUUCAAAUGGAGAAAAUUUUGAAUGACGAAUUGCCGUCGCAACCUUCGCUCAUGCAUCAUCCUCCGCCGCCCGGCAUAAAUGACAUUCCCGGAAUCCCUCGUACGGCGCCUCAAAGUUACAAUGGAACAGGACCAACGCCGGGAGCUUUGACGUUUAUCGCAAUCGAUGCCGACGGCGAGAAUUUGACGGGUGACAAUAGUCUCCUUGGCACAGAUAUCAUGUUUGUGACGGCAUUUCUCAUCGCGUUUCUCUUCAAUUGGAUCGGUUUCUUGAUGUUGACAUGCUUUUGUCACACAGUUGCUGCGCGUUAUGGCGCCCUUUCCGGAUUCGGACUCUCACUUGCCAAAUGGACCUUGAUCGUUAAGAACUCGACAGAUUUUGCAUCGCACGACAAUUCAUGGCUUUGGUGGCUCAUCAUGCUCUUUGGAUUUUUGAUCUGCAUUCGUGCUCUUGUACAGUACAUUUCCAUCAAACGAACAUGGCGAUUGUUGUCGGCUUCGGCACAAGAACGACUGCUUUUCUUCUAUUAGGACGAUUUUUUAAUUUUUUUUUUUGGAAAAGAAAACCAAACAAUACAUUCGUAUUAAAAGUAACAAGAAAAAUAGACAGAAAAUAGUGAAGAAGACCACAUUUUAUAAAGAUAACCAGAAUUAUUAUUAUGAAUUUUUAGAACAGUCAAAACUUUUCACAGUAUUUUCAUACGUAAAUACUUUCCUAAUUAGUACUUACCUAAAAAAAAUUGAAUUUACAUGCCAUGUUUGUACUCAAAUUAGCAAAAAAUGCUCUCGCAGUACCUUUUAAGAAAUUUUUGAAUUGUGUGUUAAUUGGAGUCAGGCACAAUAAUUUGUCAGGCACACGUAUUUAAAUACAAAAAAAGAAAAA